CUUUCCCACAACCCAACACACAACACAACACACACAACAGGACAACAACACUGCGCACCCCCAUUCACCCCCCCCCCCUCCCUGUCGCUCUCCCCUCGCUCUCCUUCUUUCGUCUCUCAGCCCAGCAGCAGCAACGACGACGAUGGACGUGUCAUCGCUAACGGCGCUGGUCAAGGACUGGACUGCGUCUGCGUGCCAGCUGCCAUGCUGGCCGGCUGCCAUCAAGGACGAGUGGCGGCCCGCUGUCCUCGGGGCCACUGGAGCACUGGGGCUGUACCUGACCUACAAGCACCUCUUCACGCGCCCUGGUUUCGAUCCCCCGGCGCCCGGCGAGCUGUACCUUGCGUUUGAGUGCCGCAAGACCUUCGAGAAGGCAUGUGACAUGCAGAAGGACCCCUUCGUGUUUGAUCUCUCCCGCGAGGAGUUUGUGCAGCCGCUGGAGGCCAACUGGACCACCAUCCGCGACGAGCUCAAGGCGUACACGGCCAACACCGGCGGCCGCCUUGCCCCCUUUGGCCACACCCACCGCAUGUCCUCCAAGUCGUGCUGGCGCGUGCUCUCCCUGCGCCUGUGGGGCGUGACGGCGCCCAGCGCCAGCUCCUUCUUCCCCAAGACCAUGCAGCUCCUGCACAGCAUCUUCCCCGGCGAGGAGUGGGAGCGCGUGGUCGGCAUCACCUUCUCCCAGCUCGAGCCCCAGUCGGCCAUUGCCCCGCACUACGGCGACACCAACGCCAACUACCGCUGCCACCUUGGCCUCAUCGUUCCCGCCGGCCUUCCCGAUGCCGGCAUGGAGAUUGGCGACCAGCAGCAGGAGUGGAAGGAGGGCCGCGUGUUCGCCUUCAACGACGCCCACUACCACCGCGCGUGGAACAAGUGCGACGAGCGGCGCUUCGUGCUCAUCUUGGACGUCAUGCGCCGCGAGCACAUGCCCAAGCGCAACCACGUCUGCCGCUAUGUCAUGGCCUCCUUCCUCCUCCAGCGCAUCGCCAACAUGUGCUCCAUCGUCAAGGCCACCAAAUGGACCGAGCACUACACCCAUGCCAUCCUCUACUGCCUCCUCUUUGUCCCCGUCAACCUUGGCCUCGGCUCCUCCUUUGUGCACUGGUUCAUGCGCGCGUGAAGCAACCACACUGCCCGUGCAUGAGCGGUUGCUUGCAUGAACCGCGCUGUCCCCUUUUGUACCGUGCACACGUGCGCUUGUACGUGUGGUGUGUGAUGUACAACCGCUUCGUCAACAAUGCGCCGCCGCUGCUGUCUGCUCCUUGAACCCCAUAUGUGCUUGCGUGGUUGUGCCGCCCUGGUUGCUGUCCUGUCCUCGACAUCCCUCCUCCCUCACGUUGACGCUUGCACACCAUGCGUCUUUCUGCCUCGUUGGGCGUUGGCUGUCUCUCCAUCUUAAUCGCACCCCCUGUUUUGUUUACCUUUUUUUUUUGUGUGUGUGUGUGUGUGUGUGUGUCUGUCUGUCUGUGUGUGUGUGUGUGUGUGUGUGUGUGUGUGUGUGACUUUGUGUGACUUUGUGUGUGUCUGUGUGUGUGUGUGUGUGUGUUGUUCAUGUCAAUUGUGCAAAUGUUGCAGAAAUGCUUUUGCUUCGCGCGUGCGUUGCCACCUGUAACACCGCCAGUGAAGGUGAAAGAUGUUUCUGUGGUUGUUGCUGUUGUCAUCACCAAUGAACCCCAGUCCACAAAGCAACCCUGUAA